AUGCUGACGGGCCUCUCAGAAGACCUUCAGGACGUCAGCGACUCCAGGAAAACAGCCAUCAUUAACGACGAACUUAGGAGGCUUAAUGUGGACAUUGCCACCUUACAAGAAACACGACUUGCAGACUCUGGAAGACUGAAGGAGAAAGACUACACCUUCUUCUGGCAGGGGAAAAGCCCCAAUGUACCGCGUCAGCAUGGGGUGGGCUUUGCAGUGAAGAACAACCUGCUGAACAUGGUAAAGCCAGGCAACAGCGGCUCAGAGCGACUCCUCACUCUCUGCCUGAACACCACGGCAGGCCCUGUAACUCUCGUCAGCGUGUAUGCUCCAACACUCUCUGCUACACCUGAAUCCGCUGUGAUGACCCCCAUCAUAGAAGCAAAGCGUGCCGCUCUAACGGAAUACAAGCGAUUACCCAGCGAGAAAAAUCUUCAGAUUCUCCGAGCUAUAAGGAACAAAGUCAAACACACUGCAAGACGCUGUGCCAACGACUACUGGACCGAACUCAGCGAAGCCAUCCAGACUGCAGCAAUUACUGGGAACAUAAGAGGGAUGUAUGAAGGCAUCAAAACAUCAAUAGGUCCAAUCCAGAACAAGACAGCUCCCCUUAAAUCCACCUCAGGGGAAGCCAUCACAGACAAGGGACAACAGAUGGAGAGAUGGGUGGAACACUACUCUGAUCUCUAUUCAAGACAGAAUGUAGUAACAUCAUCAGCACUUGAUGCCAUAAAAUGCUUACCUGUAAUGGAAGAGCUUGACAACGAACCCACUAAUGAAGAACUCAGCAAGGCUAUCAACAGCUUGGCCUCAAGGAAAGCUCCAGGCAGUGACGGGAUCCCCCCUGACCUGAUCAAACACUGCAAGACUACACUAUUACAGCCUUUACAUAAUGUCCUAUGUGCGUGCUGGAAAGAAGGGGCCGUACCACAAGACAUGAGGGAUGCUAAGAUCGUUACCCUCUACAAAAACAAGGGAGAUCGCAGUGACUGCAACAACUACAGGGGCAUCUCCUUACUCAGCGUUGUGGGCAAAGUCUUUGCUCGGGUUAUUUUGGUAAGACUUCAGAAACUGGCUGAACGUAUCUAUCCAGAGUCACAGUGCGGCUUUCGAGCAGAAAGAUCAACGAUAGACAUGGUAUUCUCCCUCCGCCAGCUUCAGGAGAAAUGCAGAGAGCAGCAGAUGCCUUUGUACAUUGCCUUCAUCGAUCUGACCAAGGCGUUUGAUCUUGUAAGCAGAGAGGGUCUCUUCAGAAUUCUAUCUAAAAUUGGCUGCCCCCCUAAACUACACAGCCUGAUUGAGUCCUUCCAUGCCAACAUGCAGGGGACUGUGCAGUUCAACGGCAGAACCUCUGAGUCAUUCAACAUCAACAGCGGUGUCAAACAGGGCUGCGUACUUGCCCCAACCCUUUUCGGAAUCUUCUUUGCCUUCCUUCUGAAACAUGCAUUUGGCGCAUCGAAAGAAGGGAUCUACCUGCAUACAAGAUCAGAUGGCAGGCUUUUCAAUCUUGCCCGUCUCCGAGCAAAGACCAAAGUGCGUGAAGCCCUGAUAAGAGACAUGCUAUUUGCUGACGAUGCAGCAGUAGCCUGCCAUACUCAGCAAGCACUUCAGUCACUCAUGGACCAUUUCUCUCAGGCCUGCAAAGACUUUGGGCUUACCAUCAGCCUGAAAAAGACUAAAGUCCUGGAACAAGGAUCAGAAACACCACCAUCCGUUACCAUCGACGAUUACGAGCUCGAAGUGGUCCAUCAUUUUACGUAUCUAGGCUCCACUAUCACUGACAAUCUCUCCUUAGACUUCGAGCUCGACCAGAGAAUUGGAAAGGCGGCUGCCACACUUGCACGCCUCACUACACGUGUGUGGUCCAACCCCAUGCUCACAGAGAAGACCAAGAUGGCAGUAUACAGCGCUUGUGUCAUCAGUACACUGCUAUACGGCAGCGAGACAUGGACGAUGUACGCCAGACAAGAAAAACGCCUGAACACCUUCCACAUGAGAAGCCUCCGCCGCAUCCUGGGAAUUUCGUGGCAAGACAAAGUCCCAAACACAGAGGUCUUGUCUCGUGCGGGCCUGCCAAGCAUGUCAACCUUACUCAGGCAACGUAGACUCCGCUGGCUGGGCCACGUUCAUCGCAUGCCAGACGGCCGCAUCCCCAAAGACUUACUGUAUGGUGAGCUAGCCACUGGAAGUAGACGCAGAGGACGCCCACAGCUGCGAUACCGAGAUGCUUUGAAGCGUGACAUGAAGGCUGUAGGAAUUGACACAGAGACCUGGGAAAAUCUCGCAGCUGAUCGGUCACAAUGGAGAGGAGCCGUUACAAGGCACCUCAAAACAGGAGAAGAGAAGCUGACACAAGCUGCCACAAGGAGGCGGACCCGCAGAAAACUUCGUAUCAGCAACGUCCAACAAACAGCAUACACGUGCAGCACUUGCGGCAGGGACUGCCAUUCACGCAUUGGCCUUCACAGUCAUAGCCGCAGAUGCUCCAGCCAAACACACAAUUAG